AUGCGGAUUCGCCCUUUCUACUUGAGCUACAAGGAUUUGGAGAAGAUUUGCUUUCCAUUGACGUUCAGCCUCUGGCCUGCGAGGACCAGCACGCCUGCCGGAGGCGAAGACGAGGGCACCGACGAGAACUAUGAAGAAGAGGAAGAAGAGAACAACGGCGGCGAAGCCGGAGACGAGAAAGGCGACGAGAGCGACUCCAAGAAUGUCACCGGCGAGACGUUCCGCCCUACCUGUCAAGUCUUGUGCCCCUACCAAGUCCUAACUCCGUCUCAGCGUUCCGCUCGUUCCUUUGCCCAUGAUCUCGUAGUCACUCCUCAGGCUCCCUCUUAG